UAUUCAUUUUAUUUGGACUGGAUUACGCAACUUGUUUUUGACCUCGGCGGCUCUCCAGUCGACCGAAAAUUACGGAACUGAAUUUUACAUUUGGUUUUGGCAUCCAAACAAGAAUACAGGUUUUGUGUUGUAUAUGAAAAAGUGAAAUUGGCAAUCAGUUAAACUCGGACGUGUAUAGCAACAGGGACACACAAUGCCAAAUGGCAGCAAAUAAUAGUUUAUAUGCUGUUUAUGCUGAUCUAAAAAUUUGUCUAGGUUAGACCAGACUUUCAUGGCGUUCAACUUUCUCUACCCGCCGUCUUACGGUGGUGGAUUAAGAAUGGUUACAUGUCCUUUACGACCUUCACAGUUUUCUCAACCAGCUGACACGAACGGCAACAAUUUAACGCACAUCGAAAACAGUUACCUUCAUUCGAGUUGCGUUUUUCUUACCAAUCAAAGCACUGCCGGAUUGUCCGGAUGACAUACACUCACAGGCUUAUUCAGAGUGAUGUUUUCAUUUGUUGUUGUUGUGUGCGUGCAACUACUUUUCAGAGCAACUGAAUAACUGGACUUCCAUCAUGAAUGAGCAUCUGAAUGAACACGUUUCAUUAACCCUUGCCAAAUCAUUCGAAUUCGCCCAGGCGGAUGCUCAUCGCCACGUUUGUUCCGAAGAUGCCUUCCAUUCAACAGCGACUAGAAAAGCCUCCCAAGUUUCUCGGAAAAAAUCUGAAAUGACAAGAGUUCCGUCGCUCCAGGCCGUCACACGAACGGCACCCAACACUAGCCGUUUCGACGGUUUCAAAACUCUUUUCCGAUGGAGAGGAAGCAUCUACAAAUUAGUUUGGCGACAAUUUGUGAUCUAUUAUGCCUUGUAUCUUUUUAUGACCAUCGUCUAUGAAUUCAUGUUGGAUGAGCCGGGCAGAAGGCAUUUCGAAGCAUUGACCAGAUAUUUUUCAAAGAGUGCUUCCACUUUGAAUCUAAUGAUAAUGUUAGGCUUCUUUACAUCUACAACCCUUCAGCGCCUUUUCACUAUGCAGACGGCCAUUCCCGGAACGGCCAAAAUCAUUUCUUCGUUCACCAUGUCACUGAAACCCGACCUACCGGAGGGUUCCGUAGUCGUACGUUUGUAUGCUCGAUGGGUGGUUCUUAGUUGGAUUCUGGCAUUCCGAAGUGUUAGUGGCCCCCUGCGUGAAAAGUACCCGGACAUGAUUUCCCUCCAGAUUAAAGGAAUUCUUCAACCACACGAGAGGCUGAUCCUCGAACGCGCUGAAACCGAAGGCGAUUUAACUCCUCGCCCAUUGAUUGUUAUUGAUUGGAUGUUGCUGUUGUUGAAGGAAUGCUCGACAUUCAAUCGUUACAGCAACAAAUCCAGUAGCCACAAAAAUGUCGAAAUGCUCAUGGCGUUCAAAAAGAGCUGCGGAAAUAUGAUCAAAUUCGCAACCAAAAAUAUGCCACACGCCGUUAUUCAGGCUGUUAUGAUAGCGGUUUAUUACUUUGGAUUGAUGACCAUGUUGGCCCGUGAUUUGUCGACACCUUCGCCGGGCAAGCCUGUACCUCAACAGCCUGCGGAGCAUCACACUGACACCAUCGAAGAGUCUAUCAAUUCAUUCCCGAAAUACCCAGACGGUGGACGUCCAGACCAUGACAACAUCGUGAAGAAUAUCAUUCUCUACUUUCCCUUAAUGCCACUGAUACAGUUUUUCAUCUUCUUCGCUUGGCUGACAUUCGGCAGAAUGGCAGUCAAUCCAUUCGGUGAGGAUGAAACCGACAUUGACCUCGAUGUCCUUCUUGAAUCUCACAUUGAUGACCAUUGGCGUCUAGGAAAUUUGUAUACAAACAAGUUGGAAGACUUGUUCCCCAAUUUGCCCCAUAAGAAAUACGUCGACGCGGCUCUACAGGCUCAAUCCAACAAGGACAAGGAUGCGUCCAAAUCGAAAGCCCCGGAUGAUCCGCCGGUUGUUCCAGUUGCGCAACCCACGAGCCCAGUUUUAAAUGUCAUCCCUUCCUCCCCCGAAAUGGGAGCAUUCUCUAUAAUGGGAGCAUCGGCGAUGGAAGAGAGAAAUUACGAGACCGCAUCACCGCUCGUUUACGAUCGACGGCUAUCGACAGCCAUCACAAUCGAUGACGCCACUCGAACCGAUUCGCUUCACGUCCCUAUUUGGUGAGAGAUUUUUCAUGGCGUGUGACCUUGCCAAGAUGCAAAGCCAGCAUGCACACCCCCGUAAUGAUAUCGAAGCAAUUGAAAUAGUCAAGAGCAUAAUACACAUGUCACAAAUUA